UAGCGGAUUGUUGUAUAAUAAAAAUUCUCUAUAAAUAGCAAGUGCUGCUGAUUAGUGAUUAACACAAGAAGAUCAAAAUAGAAGAAAGAAUCCAAUAUGGACUCAAUCUUGAAGACUACUAAGAUUCCUAUUCUUGAUCUCACCAGCCAACAAGAUUUGAAACCAAACACAUCCACAUGGCUUUCUAUUUCCAGAGAAGCUUGUGAAGCCUUGGAGGAAUACGGCUGUUUUGUUGCCGUGUACGAUGGGGUAACACAGCAACUAGACGAAUCCAUCUUCGCCGCAGCUGAGGAACUGUUCGAUCUCCCAACGGAGACAAAGAAGAAGAACGUAAACGAGAAGCCGUACCAUGGCUACGUUGGUCAAAUGCCUGUGAUCCCUCUUCACGAAGGCCUUGGAAUUGACUAUGUUACCAACAAAGAAGAUGCUCAGAGAUUCACUCAUCUCAUGUGGCCUCAGGGAAACGAUCGGUUUUGCAACACCGUGCACACUUUCUCAAACGCGGUUGCGGAAUUAGACCGACUAGUGGUGAGGAUGAUAUUUGAGAACUACGGUGUUGAGAAACAUUACGAAUCGCACGUCGGAUCAAAGACUUACCUACUCAAAUUCCUCAAGUACUUGUCUCCACCAGAAUCUCUCUCGAUGCCAGCUUUUCCUCAGCACACCGAUAAGACCUUUUUAUCGAUACUUCACCAAAACGAUGUAAAUGGUUUAGAGGUGAAAUCAAAAGACGGUGAAUGGAUUUCCCUUCAUCUCCCACCCAAGUCAUACGUCGUCAUGGCCGGUGACAUCUCUAUGGGUUGGAGCAAUGACAGGAUACGUUCUUGUGAACAUAGAGUGACAAUGGAAGGAGACAAGACAAGGUAUACUUUAGGUCUUUUCUCGUUUCUUACGGACUUGGUUUCGAUCCCUGAGGAGCUUGUGGACGACAAACACCCACUUAUGUAUAAGUCAUUCGAUAACAUAGCUCUCAUAAACUUCUACGCAACCAAAGAAGGGCGUGAAGCGAAGUCGACUCUCAAAGCAUAUUGUGGUAUCUAAAAAGCA